AGCACGAGACAGCCAGCAAACCUCACAGAGAAACUUGCGGAGAAAAACAUGCCGUCUUUUCAUCCAUGGAGACAUGGCAUAUAGGUUCCUGUCCAGCCGAAUCGUGCCAUCCUCAAACAGAUUAAGCAGAAGAUUUAUUUUUAUAUUCACUAUCUCUUUGUCUUUCAUGUAUCUAUGCUACAGCAUCCUCUUCUGCUCCGGUACAAUCAUGCCUAACCAGAGAUUGGAGGAUCACCGCUGCGUCCAUCUGAAGAACAUCGGGAGUAAAAAACUUUUACAGAAGUCACAUUAUUGCACUAUAUCAGCGAAAGCGAGAGUUAUCUCGGACGAGACGAGGGCGGUGAGUCUCUUAAACCUUACUGGCAACCAAAGCAAACAUUCAGCCUUUCAGAAAACACAAGAUGUUGUAGAUCACAAGCAGAGUAAUAACAGUAAUUCGCCAAAAUACGGGAAUAAGAAGUUGCCCAAUGCACUUAUAGUUGGCGUUAAGAAAGGAGGCACCAGGGCGGUGUUGGAAUUCAUCCGGAUUCAUCCAGAUGUUCGAGCUCUUGGGACUGAACCACAUUUCUUUGAUAGAAACUAUGACAAAGGAUUGGACUGGUACAGGGGCCUUAUGCCACGUACUCUGGACAGCCAGAUCACCAUGGAGAAAACACCAAGUUACUUUGUGACACGGGAGGCACCGCGGCGCAUCUCAAGCAUGUCUCGCGAAACAAAGCUGAUCGUAGUAGUGCGGAACCCUGUCACGAGGGCGAUCUCCGACUACACACAGACCUUGUCGAAGAAGCCCGACAUCCCUUCUUUUGAGGAACUAGCUUUCAAGAACAGGAGUCAAGGCAUCGUGGACACCUCCUGGAAUGCCAUCCGUAUAGGCAUGUACAUCCUACACUUGGAGAACUGGCUGCAAUACUUCCGUCUAUCGCAGAUCCAUUUUGUCAGUGGGGAGCGGCUCAUCACGGAUCCGGCCGGAGAGCUAGGACGGGUGCAGGAUUUCCUGGGGCUCAAACGCAUCAUCACGGACAAGCACUUCUACUUCAACCGAACGAAAGGCUUCCCGUGCCUGAAGAAGCCGGAAAGCAGCAGCCAGCCCCGCUGUCUGGGCAAGUCCAAGGGCAGAACUCACAUUCAGAUUGACCAGGAAGUCAUUGAGCAGCUUAGAGAAUUUUAUAGGCCAUUCAAUGUGAAAUUUUAUGAAAUGGUGGGUCAUGACUUCAGAUGGGACUGA